ACCCGGAACUAACCUCGGUUCCCUUGGGAAGGCCGCGGCGCCUGGCCAGGAGUGGGAGACUGGGCCGUGAGUGCGGGCCACGGGGGCCAGGCCGCGGACAGAGGGACGCCCUCCUCGUCCCCAGGGACCCCGGGCCAGGUGCGCCCUCGGCAGGAGAUUGCAUGGUCUGAAAAGUGCAGGGGCCCCUGCCCCGGCUCGGCCAUGGCUCCCCCGCGAAACGUGGUGAAGAUCGCCGUCCAGAUGCGUGACGCCAUCCCGCAGCUCAUCCAGCUGGACCAGGCAAAGCCCCUGGCCGCUGUGCUGAAGGAGGUGUGCAACGCGUGGAGCCUGGCUCACUCUGAGCGCUAUGCCCUGCAGUUUGCUGAUGGGCACAGGAGAUAUAUCACUGAGAAUAACCGCGCAGAGAUCAAGAAUGGCAGCAUCCUGUGCCUCAGCACUGCCCCAGACCUUGAGGCUGAGUGGCUGUUGGGUGGGCUGCAGAGUGGGAGUCGUGAAGGGCGCCGAGAAUCCCUGCAACACCUCGUCCUGCUGGUCCCAGACAUAACCUUUGCCCGGGAGGUCAUCAGCCGUGAUGGGCUUCAGAGACUAGGCACCAUCAUUGAAGACGGGGACGACCUAGGGGAGGUGCUGGCCCUCGCACUGAGGGCCUUCUUGGAGCUCAUGGAGCACGGCGUGGUGUCCUGGGAGACACUCAGCAUCCCCUUUGUUAGGAAGGUGGUAAGCUAUGUGAACAUGAACCUGAUGGAUGCAUCUGUGCAGCCCCUGGCCCUCCGGCUGCUGGAGAGUGUGACCUUGAGCAGCCCUGUGCUGGGCCAGCUGGUCAAGAGUGAGGUGCCACUGGAUAGGCUGCUGGUGCACCUACAGGUGAUGAACCAGCAGCUGCAAACCAAGGCCAUGGCACUGCUGACAGCUCUCCUGCAGGGGGCCAGCCCUCCUGAACGUAAGCACAUGCUUGACUACCUGUGGCAGAGAAACCUUCGCCAGUUCAUCUACAAGAACAUCAUCCACAGUGCAGCGCCACUGGGCGAUGAGAUGGCUCAUCACCUAUAUGUACUGCAGUCCCUUACACUGGGGCUGCUGGAGCCACGCAUGCGGAUGCCACUGGACCCCUAUAGCCAGGAGCAGCGGGAGCAGCUGCAGGCCCUGCGUCAGGCUGCCUUUGAGCAGGAGGGGGAGUCCCUGGGUGCUGGGCUGAGUGCUGACCGCCGCCGAUCCCUCUGUGCCCGCGAAUUCCGCAAACUGGGCUUCUCCAACAGCAACCCUGGGCAGGACCUGGAGCGUGUGCCCCCCGGCCUGCUGGCCCUGGACAACAUGCUCUACUUCUCCAGACACGCACCCAGUGCCUACAGCAGGUUUGUGUUGGAGAACAGCAGCCGUGAGGACAAGCAUGAGUGCCCCUUUGCCCGGAGCAGCAUCCAACUGACCGUGCUGCUGUGUGAGCUGCUCCGAGUUGGGGAGCCCUGCUCCGAAACAGCCCAGGACUUUUCGCCCAUGUUCUUCGGCCAAGAUGAGAGCUUCCAUGAGCUCUUCUGUGUGAGCAUCCAGCUGCUGAAUAAGACCUGGAAGGAGAUGCGGGCCACACAGGAGGACUUUGACAAGGUCAUGCAAGUGGUGCGGGAGCAGCUGGCCCGCACGCUGGCCCUGAAGCCCAGCUCCCUGGAGCUCUUCCGAACCAAGGUGAAUGCGCUCACCUACGGGGAGGUGCUGCGGUUGCGGCAGACUGAGCGGCUGCAUCAAGAGGGCACGCUGGCCCCUCCCAUACUGGAGCUGCGGGAGAAGCUGAAGCCAGAGCUCAUGGGCCUGAUCCGCCAGCAGCGUUUGCUCCGCCUGUGUGAGGGGACACUCUUCCGCAAGAUCAGCAGCCGGAGGCGCCAGGACAAGCUGUGGUUCUGCUGCCUGUCCCCCAACCACAAGGUGCUGCAGUAUGGGGACGUGGAGGAGGGUGCCAGCCCACCUGCCCCAGAGACUCUGCCUGAGCAGCUCCCUGUGGCCGACAUCAGGGCACUACUGACAGGCAAGGACUGCCCCCAUGUCCGGGAGAAGGGCUCCGGGAAGCAGAACAAGGACCUCUAUGAGUUAGCUUUCUCAGUCAGCUACGACCGUGAGGAGGAGGAGGCAUACCUCAACUUCAUUGCCCCCUCCAAAUGGCAGUUCGACCUGUGGACAGAUGGGCUGAGUGCCCUGCUGGGCAGUCCCAUGGGCAGUGAGCAGACACGGCUGGACCUGGAGCAGCUGCUGACCAUGGAAACCAAGCUGCGGUUGUUGGAGCUGGAGAAUGUGCCCAUCCCUGAGCAGCCACCCCCCAUCCCCCCACCCCCCACCAACUUCAACUUCUGCUAUGACUGCAGCAUCGCUGAACCUUGACAGUGAGGUUGGCCAAGGGCCACGGCUGCUGCCACGCUGGUGGCCACAAAGGAUGGAGAAGGUCAGACAUCCUGAUCAGCAGAGCCUGCAGUAGAAAUAAAGUCUGCUUGGGUUUUCGGUACGUGUUGAGCCAGUUCUGAACCUUGUGGGCCAAGCCUGCCUUCAAACUUAGCUGGGGCAUCAGAGCAGGGCCACCCCUUGGGGCUGCAAAUCUGGGCAUCUACAAUUGAAGGGCUGUAUUCUGAAGGAGGGUGGUGAUAGGCUGGCCCCGUUGCCCUUCCUCAAGAUGAAUCCUCGGCCUCCCUCAGUGCUGGGCCUACAGAGAGGGAUGGCUUGUGGUCUGGGGGCACCAGCCAAGGGACGGUUGGGGCUGCCAGCCAGUUAAGGGAGAACUGGCAGGGCAGGAGGUAUUGCCCAAAGUGGAUGCCUUCCUGGGCAGCAUUAACAGGGGCCUAAUCUGGGAGCCAUGUUUCCAGAGGGCUCCUGACAGUCUGAGUUCAUUCCUCAACCCUGCCUGGCCCUGCCCUAUGUCCUUUGUGGGACUUAGAGGCCCUCUGGUGAGAGGCUUGAAGGGAGAGAUGUGAAGCUGGGCCUGCUUUGUGCUGAAGGGAAAUUCCAUAUUCCAAAAGAUGUCCCCAGGCUGGUGGGAGGCUAUGGUCUGAUUCUGACAGGAGGGAAUUCAGUGCAGAAAGCCCUGCAUUUUUAUUAAAAACCAACGCAGUAGCAUGGGUGGGGUGGGGGCCACACACAGGCCAGAGCCCCCGGGGGCAGAAGCGGCUAGGUGUUGGGCCCAGCUGGAGGUCAGGCUCAGAGCCUAUGGUCAUGGACCCCAAGCCUCUGAGGCAGAGGAGCACACCAGCCCACAGGACCCACAGGGCAGGCUGAAAGCUGCCACCACCCUCUGAUCUCCAUGCCUCUUACUACCUCUCUUUGCCAACGCCUCCUCCAAUAUCUUUUUUAACAGUGUUAGCCAUCAACAUGUUACCUUGAAAACUGAUGGAAAUGGUACUUCCUUUGGAGAAUGUGUGGAGAAUGUGCUGAGGGAACAAUUAUUCUCCCUUCCCCCAGCUAUGCUUCUAACUUGGGCAUCUCGGCCCCACUUUCUGCAUUCAGAGACUUUCCACCAUACUUGGAAUAGUCUGCUAUUGAGUUCAAGGUGGAAGUGGGGGAGUGGGGAUCCCAGAUGCAGCUAAGCCUCCUGAUACUGUCAGUUCUUUCUUCUCAAUGUCUCCAGUCCCUUGCCCAGGCCGUCAUCAUCUUGGGAAGAACCUCUUGACUUCCC